AUGGCCCCAGGUGCAACUGAAAACGGGGGUGGUGAAGCCCUCGUCACUGCUUUGACAGCCACCUCAAAGGAAUCAAACGGAACUGAAAGCAUUCCUGAAGUCGGUAUGGAGUGCGACAUCAAAAACCUCUACCAGAAAGAAGAUGCAAGAGGUCGCACAACAUGGACUGACAAGUACCCCGACAAUCUCGACGAGGCUGCCGAGAACGAAAUCACUGCUCGAUUUGCUAUUCUUGUUCGAAACAAGAAGAGCUUCGAUUCCAGAAAAAAGCUUGAGAUCGAUAGCAUCGUCGUUCAAAGCCCUUUGUUGAAGACAGUCUUAUCCAAGGUUUUAAAGGAUUACCCCGAACUUGAAGAACCACCUAACACCAACCAAGGUGUUACAACUACCUUAAAGCGACUCGUCUUCCAGGCUCCCUUCAACCCAUUUGUUCAUCGUUGGACUCAAUUCACUACAGCUCUCGAAGAGCAAGAAGAAGGAGAGACCAAGAGCCACCUGCAACUGCUGCAUACAACCCUUGAGGCAGAACUCAGGGACACCAUCGAGGCGAAGAAUGACUUCGUCAAGAACAAGGUAAUCACUUUUGGCUACUUGUGGACCAUCUUUCAGCCCGGUGCUACUAUUUAUACAAACGAAUGGGAUCGUCACUGUGGUUCCAAGUUCUCUCAAGGAUCCUACCAUGAUCACCCAAAGUAUGGUCCAGUCUAUGGCCUCAACUGUCAGAAAGUUGAAUGGGACGGCGACAAGUUUGGCUACGCAAAUUGCCAACAUGUUGUCACAUCUUUCGCGGGCACAAUGUCUAUUUCCGCACUCGACGCCAUCCCUCUCGAGUUCCACCCUGAGCAAAAGAAAAUUCGUGCCCAGCUCCUCAAGCGCGGUAAGCUCUUUGAACACUACCAUGGUUACCAUUACAAAUCCUACAAAUCAUUUGCAAUCGGCAAGAACAUGUGUGGGCAAGACAUCAAGGUUACCAUCGACUCCCGUAUCAUCAUAGACACCCACGCAUACGGUAAAUUCAAUCCCAACAGCAUCGGGCACCUUCAACCCCUCAAAAUGAAAUCCAAAGCCGACACACCUGAAAAUUCCGACGAGGAAUACGACGAGGAAUACGACGAGGAAGAGGAGGAGACCGAUGAUGAUUAUGACCAGCAAAUUCACUACUCAACCCAUAAUGCUGCCGCCUCCCGCACAGACACAAAGCUCAUCGCUCUCUCUGAAGAGCAUCUCCUGCACUGCUCCUCCCUCCUCAAAGGCUAUGCCCUUAAGACCAAACGAUGGUUAUCAUUUUUCUUAGACGAAAUCUCCGAAAUUAUCUGGAACAACGCCGCAUUCAGCAAUCUCGUCCUCCCAGCCGACCAAAAGGAGCUCAUCCUUGCUUUCGCGGAGUCACAAGUAAAAUACAAAGACAGCUUCGACGAUGUCAUUUCCGGCAAGGGCAAAGGCAUCAUUAUGCUUCUGUCAGGUGGACCAGGAAUUGGUAAAACUCUCACUGCCGAAUCUGUAGCAGAGAACAUGCAAGUCCCACUAUACAUGAUGUCCGCAGGAGAUCUCGGCAUCAAGAGCUCGGAAGUCGAAUCCUCCUUAACUACCAUCCUCGAAAUGGUCGCCAAAUGGAACGCAGUCCUCCUCCUCGACGAAUGCGAUGUAUUCCUCGAAGCACGCAGCGCCCACGAUCUCGAACGCAACAAAAUCGUCUCCAUCUUCCUCCGGACCCUGGAAUACUACGAAGGCAUUCUCUUCCUCACCACCAACCGCGUCAAGAACAUGGAUCCGGCCUUCCAAUCUCGCAUUCACAUUAGUAUGGAAUACCCAGGUCUCGACAAGAGCGCUCGCGUCCAAGUGUGGCGUAAUUUCUUGGAGAGGGGCGUUAAGCAUGAGUUGAGCGAGGGGGAGAUUGAGCGGCUAGCGAGCGUGGAUAUUAAUGGCAGGCAGAUUAAGAAUGUGUUGAAGACUAGUCAGUUGUUGAGUCAGCAUAAGGGCGUGCCGCUUCGCUAUGAGCAUUUGAGGACGGUUCUGUAUGUGGAGAGGAAGGAGUUGGAGCUUUCUUGA